AUGACCACUCAAGCUUUGCAUCAUGGCACCAGGUGGCCAAGACUCGGGUCCUCGUGUCCUAUUCGGACGAACUGCGACGGUCAAUCUUAUUCCAGGGACCGAGCCAACCCCACACCGCGCAUAUGGAUUGGGAAUGGUGGUGUUUUCCCCGACCUCGCCCCGAAAACCCCGCGAUCUAUCUGA